CAAGCGGUGUGUGUUGGUGCCUGCUGCUUUUCUGCUGCUUGCUCUUCCGAAGAAUAGUUUCGAUUUUAGUGUGCUGAGGUAAAGAGUGAAGCAUUGACAAAAAGUGUACCCCAACAUUCUUCUGGUGCUGUUUAUUUUUUCGUUCCCAAACUGCGUGCAUUUUGUUCUACACUGUGUGGCCCCCGAACGUGCAGCGAUCCGCCGCAUCCUAGUGACCCCUGUGCUCUGUGGUGGUGUAGUAGUGUGUCAAAAUACGUGCGGUUGUGUGUAUGUGUCUGUUUGUCAGUGUCAUCAGUGCUGUGCGUGCGUGCUGAAGGGUUCGUGCAAAUCUCAAGCAAAAGCAAAAGCUCAAAACAGAAACCUCUCACCUCUUUGCUUCUCCGCGUUUCUGGGUGCGUGUUGGUGCAAUUGUGUUUCACACUGUGACCACAGAACCUCCGGAGAAACCCCCGGUGCAGAAAAAAAUAGUGACACACCGUGACAACCCUGUGCAAGAGUGUUUUAGUUGGUUGUUUGGUGCACCGUUACACUGUGCGGAUCGAAGAAGACGAACGACGCAAAGAAAAGGAGAUCGAGCGCCAACAACAACCACACACACACGAAACUACUUCCGGUUCGCUUGGCAUCGCCGAGUCCCUGUGUUUCCCUCUCGCACGGUACAUUGUGUGCCUCCUCCUUUCUGUGUGUGUGUAGAGCAUUUCGAAGAGCAGCCAGAAAGCAAGUCUAGCAAGACAAAGGUGGUGUGACAAGGUGAAACCUUCCAGGAAGUGUACCGGAAAGCACGAGAUUGUCCUGCGGAAGUUCCAGAUUCGAGCCAUAAAUCAGGGCCAACUGCUGUUGUUGGUUGGUUGGUUAAGGAGAAGGAGAGAGAAAGCACGAAAUAGUAAGGGAAGCCGUUGGAAUGAAUCAAAUUCGUCUGCUGUAAAAAUAAAAGCAGUUGUUAAGCAGUCGUGUCCCGGUGACUUGUACAACAAGAAGAGGGAAACGUUCUUCAGCAGUCCAUUUGUGGCAAAGCAAAGCCCGCCAAAAGAAGGAGUGUGCAUGUGCUGCAUUAAAACCACUGAGCACACUUAAGCUAGCCGGAGCAGCAAAAAGCCUUUCCACUACUUCCUUCGAGUAAGCUUUUAGCUCCUACAAAUAAUUAUAGAAAGCGGGAUUUAGCGACCCACACACACACACACACAUCCAUCUAAAUCAAGCGCACGCACGCACGAAUACACAAACACAUCGAGAGAACAAGGAUAAAGUGCGCCACAACCUUUCCGUCUCUUAGCUCUCGAACCCGGUUCGUUUCUGGUUGUGGGUUCGCCCAACGGCAUCCACCACCACCACCACCCCCUCCUCCCACCCCGGGCAUCAGGCUUCUUCAGCGUGCAAGGUAAAAUCCCCCCCGGCCUCACGACGGAUCCGUACCCGGCAGCACUGCACAAAAUGUCCAUACCGACCCCGGCUGGACAGCUUGACGGGGCGGCCCUGGCAGCCCCCAAGUACGGGACGCUCAUACCGAACCGGGUGUUUGUCGGUGGAAUCAGUGGCGAUACGACGGAAGCCGAGCUGUGCCGUCUAUUUUCAUCGUACGGUAACGUCAAGUCGACCAAAAUCAUCGUGGACCGGGCCGGCGUCAGCAAAGGGUACGGUUUCGUGACGUUCGAGACGGAGCACGAGGCACAGAAGCUACAGAACGAUUGUGAUUGCAUUGUGCUGCGGGACCGCAAGCUAAACAUUGCGCCGGCCAUCAAGAAGCAGACCCUGUGCGCCACGAACGGUGCCGUGUACUAUGCUGCCACCCCGCCAACGCCAGCCAUCAACAAUAUACCGAUCGAGCAGUUCGCCACAGUCUACCCGCCCGGUGUGCCAACCAUGUAUCCUCCCACGUUGCCGUAUCAACCGUUCUACCAGUACUACAGUGUGCCAAUGGUCCCCAAUGCUUUCCCCCCACAGAACGUUCCCACCAUCUGGCCUCAAAACUAUCAAGGAAUCUACCCGUGCUAAGCGACAGCUGCGGCGUGCGCGUACGUGGACGACAAUGAAGCAUAUAUAGAGUAAAGAAAUGAUAUAAGACUAUAAAGCGCGAACAGUUGACGGGUGAGAUCAAGUCUCAUCAUGCAACGGAAUACCGGUGCCGAAGUAGGAAGCGGACAGGCAGCGCAGCAGCAGCAAAAGCAGCAGCAGCAGUAGCAGCAACAACAACAGCAACGACAACAGCAGCAACAGCAGAUCGCGAACAAAACAAAUCUUAUUUAUUAUCAGUCAGUCACAUUUAUACCGACUGCGUGGAGGUUGUAGCGCAAACCAGAAUCAGAAGAAAAUUACAAUCGAUGUAUAAACAGUAUAACUAGAAUCGGCAGACGGUUAAUGGAACCAUAGGAUAGGAGAGCGUGCCAUGGAGCCGCAGUACGAUAAGCACGAACAGUGGAACUAUGGGCGGAACGCUAAAGUACUCCGCAACAAAACAACGUGUGGUCAAUCGAACGGUGAAGCAAUAACGUUACAAACGCGUCGACAAAAAUCGGUGAGCUUAUGAGUUUGUUCUUCUGUACUUAUAGCGCAGUGCGCAUGUAGGAUGGAACCGUUUGUUGUUUUGUUCCGUUUUUUUUUGUGGUAGCAGGAUACGGGCAGAUACACUUCUGGCCCCUGUCGCAGAGUAUUAUGUCGUACGAAACAAGAACGCAGCGUACUAUCAAAACCCGAAUGCGUAAUAAGCAAGGUGGCGUUAAAAGCUAGUCUUUCUACCAUGACGCGCGCUGUGUCACGCAGCGGAUACUUAGCGAGUUGCAUUCAGCAGUGUAAGGAGCGUCAAUUUAAGCGUGCGAUCUGUCGCUGGGAGGUACGUGUGUCAUAGGGUAUCUCUUGUACGAAAACAUCGCAUGCUAUAAUCCCCAUCCGGAAGGGAAAACACAAGUCAACAAUGCUGUCUUUGCCACACACACACACUCUCGCACACGUUAAUGGUCCCAACAGCCGUCGCCAAUGUCGCCGACGUUGAUGGUGUGAAUGCGGAUGAUGAUGAUGUGUGGAAAAGUUUCGAUAUCAAUUCUCCUGUACAUGGCGAACGCUGCACGUUCUUCGUCCCCCGGGUGCAAGCGAAAGAUACUGUGACACCGAAAUGACUCGUCGAUGGAGUUGUGACUAAAGAUCGAGGGAAGGAGUCGUCGAUGCGCUGUCUCAUUAUACGUUAAUAUCGUCAGGCACGUAAGACACACACACACAUGCACGAAAGCAAUGGUUUAGAGAAGAAAAAGGAUCAGGCUGUGAAGAGAAAGGAGAGAUUUCUACCGGUUAGGAUAAUAGCAGGGCCUCGUGACCGUGAGUAAGCGAAAUGCAAAGGAUGUUGAACAUCCCGCUCCUGCUCGCGCUCUAUCGUUAGCUUUCCCCAAGAGUGUGAAUACAAAAAAAAGCAACGGUAUUCGAGAAAAGGAAAACAAUAUGAUCCAACUAGAAGCCAUAGGAACAAGCAAAAAAAAGGGGCAAGGCUUUGCGCUUCCAUUUACAUCAAAAACUCAUCGCGGCACAACUCCACCGUUGGGGCGAACGAGGGAAUGUAGCGUAGCAGCAGCGCACAGACACAUAUUCCAUCACGAUUCACUGCGCUCACAUCACACCGAAUCGAAGUAAUUCAAACCGUCAGGGCAAAAAGUAACAUUCAGACACGUCAACAAAGGAGAGCAGGAAAAAAGGCAAACCAGGAGCGGCGUACAGCAUUAACAUAGAAACACACAUUUUCCUCGGCGCACAAAAGAAGGCAUCGGGUAAUAGGUAAGCAAAGGAUAAUAUGCCUCUCUAGUCAUCUAAAGAGCGCAAAAGGAAGUGAAGGUAACUCGGUGGUGUAUGUUGCUUUCUGCGUUGGGUACGGCGGAAAAGUUGUAUCCACACCAACCGGAUAUAUAUACAUUCAGGCAGGGCCAAACAGAGAGGAACGGUAGGGUGUGAUGCGCAAGUAAAACUAAAGCGAAACGAACUCGCUGUCUCGCGCUCUCUCUCUCUCUCCCUUGACACGACGGAAGCUGUACAGGUUGAAGCGCUCACCGAAAUAUAUACGCAAGCAGGCGGCAGAAAGAUAGCAAUCCCCUUUGCAUUUUCCGGCUUGUAGCUGCAAGUCGCGAGGGAAUUCGCCCGCACCGAAGAAGAAAGGGACCUCUUAUGCAUUUGUGUGAACAUUUUUUCUGGAUGUUCUGACUGUUGGGUGCAUCGUGGUAAGCCCAGAAGUAAAAUACUACCCGCAGGUCCAUCUACUUUUGGAGCGUACCUCCCACGUGGUACAUCGCUGUUCAUCUUUAGGUGUGUUGCGUGUUUGCGCUCCUUUUUUCGUGGUGUUGUGGAGAUUGUUCUAUGCCAAAAAUCAAAACAAAACAAAAACUUCUCCGGAAAUAUCUUUGGCUCUAAGGCUUUGCGUACAGCAGGGAAAUUGAACGAACUUUAGUUCCUGCGCAAAAGUGAAUAUAGAAACUUUAUGUGUUGCGCGGCCCGCGCUUACUGUUGGUAGACUUGGACGCUUUUGCAGCAGGACGAGCGUAAGAUGUGAGAAUAUACUGAGCAAGAUUCUACGCACAGGAGUGUUUGAUUGACGGAUCCUAACACCUAAGGCGAUAAUAAGAUUUACAUGAGUGAGAGUAGAAACUGCAUCAUUGCAAUAUUUGCUUUAGCUCGUACCCGGUUUUACGUGCGCCGCGCCCCCAUGUGGUCCGAAUGUGAUAUUCCGAUAACCGAGCAGAGGAAGAAGCACGCGCGAUAAUUUACAUAUACUACGUGGUGGUGGUUCCCCAUUCACCAUUGGUGGGUGUGUGAGCGUGUGUGUACGCUAGGUACGCAGCAGCCCCAGUUACUUAUAUUGUGCACCGUUGAUGUCUUACCUUGUGCCAGCGACGUGGUCAAUGAUGAUGUCUUUUUAAGCCGGUUAGAGCAAUGGCAAAGUAAUAUUAGCAGGAAGAUGGGGGGAAAAACCCAAAUGUAUCAGCUUUUAUCCGUUUUGCAUUACCUUCUUCUUGAUGUGUGUCUGUGCGUAAAAGGCACGUUAGCACAAUGUAAUAUCAAAACUACAGAGAGAUGAUUUUACCGUAACCUAUCACAAAUAGCAAUAGUCGCAGAACGACAAACUUUCACACAAAACUAAUGUGCGCUGUACGGCACCCUUUUUGUAGUAAAGAGAAACCUCCAAUAACUCAAUAACCUACCUAGCGUGUGUAGUGCAGAUUCGUAACACAAGCCCCAUUAUUAGUAUUGCAUUCAAUAAGCAGAAGAAAAAAAAAACACAAAGACGACCGAUAUGUUGUGAGCCUAAAGCGCAUAUUGUUACGUUUGGUGCUAGCAUUUUGGACGCUAUUUUGCAUGAAAAAGAAAAAUACAGCCACGCAAAAUGAGCUUCCGGCGUCACAUGCCGCGCGCAUCGGAAAGUGAUUGGCGAAAGCGAUCAUCCAUCAAGCCGACCGGACCCAUAAGGCGCCCUUUCCAUGGAGAUGCCCAUUAGGCUGUCUUGUACGUUAUUGUUCCGCCGGGCUGCCUCUCGGUGUGUGUGUGUGUAACGGGCUGGGCAACUUUUUUGUGUGAGGUUUCUUUUUAAAGCUGUUUACCUUGUGUGAGCGGGGGGAAACCCCCAGUCAAUGAUUGAUGAGACUUAUUACAUCGAAUUCGGAAACUGUCGGCGCUUGAUUUGAUAUGUGUAGCACAUAUGUACGCCCACAUACGCGGCACCAGGUGGCUGAAAUAUUAGCAAUUAAAUAGUGACACAAUUCUAACGGGGCACAGUUACUUAAAGCGCGGAAGCUGGUGGUGCCUAACGACGCCUUGCCGUAGAUGGUUUAUAGUUUCAAUUCAGGAUCUCUUAGACACCACCGGCCAACGGUGUACUAUAGCAGAGGAAGGCGUUUAGGAUGCUAAUUCCCUUUUCCCAUUCGUUAGCCCGUGCAUCUUGCCUGACGUGUAUUUUCUUGCCACCUCAGUUCGAUGAGUCGAGAUUGCCGAAAGCCCCCAAAUAGUGUUUAGCUGAACUGUACUUGUUUGCUGCUGUGUGGUGGUUGUAACGUUACAUUCGUUCCUCCCGCGCAGCAUCCUUCCUCAUCUCCCGUAGCUGCAGCAGUCGUCUUUCGUUCAGUUUCUGCUAGCCACCCCGCUGUGAGGGGGUAUGGUAUGAGUUGAAGCUUUUUUUGAUGUCGAAUUGCCGUAGUGAUUCUGCCCGAUUUUGACGCCAAAUCGGAAGGAAGGAGAUAAGCGAAGGAUUAGCCUGUUGCCAGAGCUUAGGUGCAGCUGUGGUAAUGUGUGCGUGUGUGCAGCAACCGGUGGCGCAAUAUUUCUGCCGUCUGGACGCGGCGGACCUACUUAAGUAAGACAAAUAACACUCUCAAGCAAAGCAAUUGUAGCGAAUUAUAGCGGUAAGGUGCGCGUAGCAAAUGGGUCUGGAAGACUACCGGGCUACCUCGGGUGAGCGAAGAUGCGGUAAAAAGGGUGAGGUGAGGGGUCACACCUCACACCAAAUAGUGCUUGUGUGUUUAAUGAUUCUCUGCUGCCAUGCCACACGCUGAUAAUCAGGUUUCAUCAGUUUAAAAUCAGUUUAGUUUAGUUUAGUCACUUUGUUAUCGAUGGUUGCGAUCGAACCUCCCCUCCCGACGACCCCCCCCCCUUCGUUGAAUAAUCAUUAAAGCGCGGUGCAUUGUAGCACCAUUUGUUAACUCGUUUGUCCCAAAGACAAUGUUGAAAAUCGAUUGCGAAUUAAGGUCGCGUUAGUGCGAACGUUAUAUUUGCGCCAAUGACAAAUCGUUAUCUCCUGCUGCUAAGUGUUUUCUGUUUUAGUUGUUGUGGCGGUGAAUAUUUUGUUGUUUUUCUGUUUUUUCUGUUUUUCUUCCUCGUCCUUGCUUUGAUUUCACCCAUCAGAGUGUGCGAAUGACAUCGAACCGCCGUGGUGUACACCACGUGGUGAAAGGUAUGCAAAGCACACUCGCACAAGCAAUUGUUGAGCAUUUUUUUAGUUUCCACGCUAAUGAAACAUUGCUAUUUUUUGUGUGGGUUGUGGGGUAAAAGUGUGGUAAUUGUUCAGCUGGGAAAGCAAAACAUCAGCACAAGAUGUAAGCAAUGUUCGGAUCACAACAACUACAUUGCGAUAAUGAGACUGCGUCAAACGUGGUAAAAAAAAAUAGCACGAAAGACACAAUGCGGAGUUGGUAAAUGUAACAAACAACAAAAAAGAGAAGAACACAAGCGAAACAGGCGGCAAAGUUAUGCGGCGAGCGCAGAUAACUCUUUAUUAUUUUAAGAGCAAAACCUAAACGGGAAAUAAAUCUAUUAAAAAGAGGAUAAGAGUGCAUAGAGGGAAUGAAGCAACUGGAAAAGCAAACAUAACCUAACAAUCUAGUAAAUAAAAAACAUACUGUAGCGAACAGAUAUAACAACACAAUCUAAACUCUUAGCGGUAGGACACACAAAGAAAUUGCAACACAUUAGAGCAAACUUUCAGCGAGAGAAGAAGAAAAAAACGGAUACGAGACAAAUAAAAAUACAAAUAGAAAUGCAAUAUAAGCAGCAGUAAAACAAAUUUAAUUACAUCCUUAACAAUCUCGUUAAUUGGCGAAGGUGAAAAGGAAAAGUUCUUUCACAAUUACUAGAGACAGAAAGAACAUAGUGCUCUAACCAAAUGGCGUCUAAACAUCAAUAGUAGAAACAAAAAAUGGCAAAAAGGUUGCGAGAAAAUGGAUGAAACAAAUAUUAAAGCGUACCGAUAGCACACAACAUCACAUCGAAAAAAAAAAAAAAGUAGCCAACAAAAAAACCGUAGCAAAACCAAAACAAAUCACCUUAAUAGAAGAGCAUGAUGCAAAUGAUGCAAACAGAUUGCAAAAAAAACCGCGUAACGUCAACGCCAUCAUGCAAGCAGCAGAUGGAGCCAUUCCCCGCCUGAUGCAAGCACAUCCACCAUAGUGUGUUUGACACCAUGUGAUUGAGCUGGAUGUGAUCACAACUACACGGACAGAACAAAGUCGAUUGAAACAGCUAACGUACACUAAAUGAAACUAAUAAACCAUGAAACCACCUCCAUCAAUCGCACACAGUACAGAUCACGUCAAAAUUCCAUACACACACACACUCAGUACAGUACAUAAAAAUGCCACACAAAAGGCGUGUGCGUGGUGCACAGUUGAGAAAAUGUAUAUCAAAGGUUUCAAAACAUGCAAAAGUGCGCGAAAUGUUUUGAUAUGAAAUUUAUUGUUAUUGUUGACACAGAGCAAAGGUGUGUUGUGUGUGUAUGUGUGGGUGUGUAUGUGUGUUGAUGUGGUAGAGAAAGGGUUAGAGAAAUGCUAGAUAAACCUGAAGAAUUCAGAAGAAUAAAAGCCCAACCUAGAUUCCGAUGGGAAAGAUGAUCUCCAACACAUCACAUAAAGCAUAAGGACAGGAAAAGCAAAGAUCUUGACUGCAGGAAAGGAUGGUCGGUUAUAAUUAAUUGUUGAACUAAGAUCGCUCAAUAUCGCCACACACACACACGCGCGCGCGCACAGGCACACACUCACACGGACACUCUUGGAGGUUGUUGAUUAGUGCAUUGUUAGGAAGAAGCGGUUCGUGUGUUAUUAUUUCUUUUUUAAAAAAAAGGUGAAACGAAACGUACUCAAACACACAUGAAUUGCAAAAAGGAUCUCGCCGCAAUUCUUGGCAAGCGAUUCGCGAUAAUAGGGGUUGGAAAACAGAGUAAUGAAGAAAAUGGGUGCGCUCAGCAAGAGAGAGAAAACAAACAACAACAACGCAAACAAUGCAAAACGAUUGGAAAAUCCAAAAGUAAUAUUUGUGAUAUAUUUGCCAAAACCAAAUGCAAAACAAAACUGAUAAAAGAAAGCAGCACAGCAAAAGAAGUAAUAAUUGUUUAGUGAACGUGCUCCUCCUAUACCCGGCAAACGAAAACCCCGCCCGGGCGGUAUUGUUGUCAACUAGGUUAGGUUUGUUGAAAAGGCCCCUUUUUGCUGUGUGCAACAUUUUGUGGAUACUCUUUUCUUUGUUCCGUUUUUGUUGUUGUUAUUUUUUUGGAUAACAAAAUACGAUGGGAAAUGAAAUUCUUUUCCCACUACGAUUCAUGCUCUCUUUGUCUAGUACAUAUUGGCAAAUCAGAUGGCUUCCAUUAGAGACACACGGUGAUCGUUUGUAACUGAAGUGUUAGGGACAUCCUUUUUUUCGACAAAUAUGAUCAUCAAAGUUCAAGGAUCGUCAGAACCUCUGAUCAAACUCUCUCUCAUUCAUUCGUCAUUUUAAUGCACGCUUUAGUGGCAAACGAGUUUGGCAAUUUGAAGAGAGCUAUCGGUAGAAGUAUCUGUGCUUUGUUUGCAGCUUAUUCAUGGCUAUGGGAAACUGUUCGAAAUUGAACAUGAUAUAGCAAACAGUUUGUGUACUUUAAUUGCACCUUAACAUUACAUAUGUUGGCCAUCAUCAUGUAUCAUCUGUUUGCGCGCUUAGCAGUAAAUUGCUUGGUUCCUAAUUUGUUGCUUAUUUGCUUAUUGUCAUACAUUCAUAAAGUCAGCGAUUUAACGGGUUCGUUUGGUUAAGCAAAUUGCAAUCGUUACCAGGAUUAAAACGUCUCUGCUUACUUACUGUUUGAUGCGAACGCUUCUUCUCUCUUGCCAAUCGUAUCACCACGAACACACAUCGGACGAACUGCUGUUGCUUCAUCUCAUUUCACCAAUGAUCAGUGACGAUAGAGGGAGUAGUAGAAGAAAAACAGAGAACGAAAAAAGAAGCAACCCCAUACAGAAACGUAUAAAAUCAUCCAUGUUAUAGUAGAUCAUCCAUCAGCUACAAUGCAUGGUCGUUGUUUGUGAGCCGAUUCUAGCCGGUAGACGAAAAGAUAUAACUCUUAAUUGCCCUAAAUCUAAUCUAGUGGAUCGCUGAUGGUGGCGGUUGGCGGAACGAAAAAGGACAUUUUAAAACGAAUAUAUAUAAUGUGCUCUAGUACGAAAACCUAAACAUGUAAGAAACCUAAGUAAACAAAUAAACAAAAGAAGAAGAAGAAACUACACACAUACACAUUAAUAAUAUUAUCUCUAUUGAGAUAUAAAAGCAUACAUUAUUUAUUUAAAAACAAAACGGCUAGCGGUAGAUCAACGGCGCGGACAAAAGGAAGGAAGAGAUAAAGAAUAGCAGAGCGAACAAAACAAGAAGAAAAAAAAAACAUGACGAGAAAACAAGAAAAAAGAGACAAUGUGCACGCGCAGAGAUGACAUAAUAUUGAAAUGGAAAAUCUAGCCAGACGAGAACGUGAAAAGAAUGAACUAAAGUCUAAUUUAUUUAUAUAUAAUAUACUAUAUACAGAUAAACGUAAGCAAUAAAAAAACAAAAGUAGAGAAACUGAUAAGUCAACCCGACAAUGGCAAAGUAAAACUGGAAACGAAAUUUAAACCAUAAAUUAGUCGAAACGGUGUGAAGCAUGGCAAGCGUAAAACAGAACAGAACAGAAAAAUAACACAGAAAAAACGUGUGAGAUGCAUUAUAAAAAGAGUAUAAUAAUCGAUAUAUACCAACACUUAUAUAUAUAUAUACAUUAAAUAUAUACAAAGUAAACGAACCCUAGGGUGUAAGGUACUAGUGAACAACACAAAGAAAACACAAAAUGAAAGCACAUUUUAUUCCCCAUCAUUGGGGGGAGAGAAAAAAAAACUCAUUCAUUACGUCAAUCUCCAUACCUCCUCAUACGGACACAUUUCACAUCACAUGAAAACACUCUUAACCAAACCACUCCCUUAGAUGGUUAGAAAUGUAAGGAAAGACACUGGAGAAAGUAAAAGAAUUAACAACUGAAAAUGCAUAAAACUCACUCAAUCUUACCAUACAACUGACACAGACAGAGGCAGAGAGAGAGAGAGACACGUUAUCUAAUACAUCAUGUAUCGGCAGGAUGCCAACGGAAACGAUGAUAUUUUUUAAAAAUAUUAUACCUAUACACAUGCCGCAAUGGAGAAGAGAGCAAGGAAGCAGAUAUUGUAACGACAAAUGAAUUGGUUUGGUUAGGAAAGGCCAACGGUUAGACAAUGAUAUGAGUGUUUGUAUGUAUAUGUGUGUGUGUGUGUAAGAGAAUGUGCACCGAUGGAACAACACCACCGUAGUGGAACGUCGGUAGAAACCCACACACACACGCAUUAUUGAAUAGUAAAAUUGGAAAGACGGUAGGGAUUGGGAUGCCAAUGGCUAUGAUGAAGUGAGAGUAAUAAAAUAAUUAGGAAAAUGAAAUAAUUUAUACAAUAAACAACCCGAUAGCAACGCGGUGAAACAUUUGGAGUGAAAUCUAAAACAGUAGAAAUUGAAGGAAAUAAAAAGAAGGAGAAAAAAAACAUAUAUGAUAUAUACAAAAUAACGAAUAGUAAGAAAAAAAGAGAAGAAACAAAAACGAAAAAAUAAAAAAAAUAAACACACACACACACAACCUUUAACAAACUCUCUUGUAGAUGGUGCAAAAGUAAUGCAAACAAAACAGACAGCCACACACCAUUCUCUUAUACAGAACAUAAACACACGCAUAUAGUAAUGUAAUACAGAAGAACCCUAAAAACACAAACACAAACAUAAUGAAGAAACAACCUAACGGAUGAAAUAUAUUCAAACUGUCGGUGAUAUUUUUAGAUUAUAGAUAAUACGAAAGAAAGAGAAGAGAGUCUGUCAAAGGCAACAAAGACGGGCACGGUAAUAGUGGAUGGGAGUGAGCAAAAGUGAACCAGUAUAACACAUAAUAAUAUUAAAGUAAUUGAUAGCAAGUAAUAAAUAAAUGAAAAUGAAAAGGUGAAUAAGCAAAUGAAACGAAUGAAACAAGAAAAAGAAAACCCCUCCUCCUACUAAUUAUACAACACAAACACAGAUGCACACACUUACACAAAAAAAAAACACAUGGAAGGAAAAAUUGUGAAAUGAAUAAUUGAAAAGGAAGUGAAGUGGAAUCGAAGAAGACGAAAAUAGUUGCAAAAAAACAUCUAAACAAGUUGUUUUUUCUUUUUCUGAUUGCUUCGAGAAAAUCAGCGAAAACAAAGGCAUAUAACUGUUCCCAUCGUUUGAACUGGGAGACGUGUUUCCCUUUUGAUUGGUUUGGCAACAUAAAUACGCAAACAGGGCAGUACUAAUCUGAGGUGCUACUAUUGUACGGUAUACAAUAUUGUUCAGCUUUGGUUUGCAGCUCCUUUCGUAAAACAACUCGAACGUCGUUAUUGUUUUCUCUUCUAUUUUUCUAUUCCUUUUGUUUUUUAUCUCUUUUAAUCAGUCGUGAGAAUGGUGGUAGUGAUGGAGUUUAUUACUUCCAUUUUUUGUUCAUCUGCUGUGUUACUUAUCGCAAACUGUGGUCGCUUCAAAACGUUCAGUUUAAUUUAUUGCAUGUGCAUGUGGUUUCUAUUUUGUGUACUUUCAUUUUAAUCACCCAAAAAAUAAGAGCGAGCUCAGCUCAGCAAAUUUUAUCAACCAAUGGACAAUAAUGAAGGGCAAAAGUAAAGGAAGGAAUCGAGGGAAAAACUGAAAAUCGUGCAUCGAAAACUGGUGGUUAGACACACUUAGACACUUGGACACUAUAAUUCGGGGAAAAAACGGAUCUAAAACGGUCUUCUAAAAAGCAAUUCGAUACGGAAUAGUUUUAUUUUUUUAGGUAUAUCGAAUGUUUAGGAGGGAACUAGGUUUUACACCAAAUGCAGCUACAUUAAACACAUACACACACAGAAAUGCAAACACAUACACAUAGUUCGUUAAACAAAAAUAGACAAAUCUACUCGCGCACACACAUACAAACAAACACAAACUUAAGUGAAACAAUUAUACACAUUUAUAGGAAUCUACUAUAUGUACGUAUACAAGAAAGUAGAGCAAAUAAGAAAAGAGAACAAACAACAACACAGCGAGAAAGAAAGAAAGAACAUGAAAACAUUGUACUACUGAUGAAAAUAAUGUUGCGGGUCGCGAAGCAUGCUAUUCUUCUUCCAUCAUGACCCCAUCAUGCAUUUGCCAAUUGUGCAGGCAUUAUUUCACAUCGAUGUUGGUUUCUUGUUUGUUUUUUUCUGUUUGUAUCUAUGUUCCCGCAAGACGAACUACAUGUAGCUCAAAUUGUUGCUAUUAUUCUGGGAAAAUUGGAAAUUAGAAUGUGGGACAAUACAACAUUGCGAUGCCAAAUUUCGUUCGAAACGCGCGAACGUUAUCUUAGCGUUGAGCGGUUAAGUGAAAGGAGUUACGGGGAAAUGGGAAAAUGUUUAACAACAGUUGUAUUAUAGACGACAUUUGUGAAGUAAAAUGGGUAAAACAACCAUCGAUAAGAGAGAAAGUAAGGAUGUUGGAAAUAGCAAAAUUUGAAAGCAAGUGCAAGAAAGAGGGUUUUAUUUUCAUGUAGAACAAUUGAAUGAGGAAUAUUAUUAUUGAUAGGGCAACACAUACACAUUGACAUACAUACACACACACACGCACACAGACACGCAGGUGUAACUAUGGUUUUGUAACAGGAGCGAUAAGGGAGCUAAUAAUUUAUUAUAAUACCACCUUACUAAGUCGUCCCAUUACUAACUCGUACGUUAAACUUUGCGAGCUUACUGCCCGAGACGACUGAUAAGAGUACUGAUGACUUGAAGAAAUGAAAAAAAGAACAAGAACAACGCCCAAUAUCUGAAGAAGGAAAACAAAAUACUGGUUAUUAUUAUGUUUAAAUCUAUAACAAUUCGUUUUAGUCCGAAAUUUGUAUUGUUCACUUACGUGCUUUAUUGUUUUGUAAUAGUGUUUCCUGUUGUUUUCCAGUUUAUGUUUUUUGUGUGAUUUGGUUUUCAUGUUCACUGGUAUGUUGUUAUACAUUUGUUUGUUUUUAUUUCCGGUUUAUUUCUCUAAUGUUUUUCUUUUUCUUUUUAGAUGUGAAAAGAAGUGGAACAGAAGAAGGAUACACAAAAUACAAAACAUAAAUACACACACACACGCACACUAAGUCAAUCGAAAAGCAAUCCAAACUCCUCAUCCUCCAUUGUAUCUCUAUUAUUGUAGCUCUGCGUAAGGUACGCUACUAAGGAAUGUGAAUCGACAAGGCCAACGAUUCGAUGGUGCGCAUGGUAUAAUCGAACGGCUGAUGUUUCACUGUGUGUUCAACUUUCAAGGUGAAAAGUUAUGCCUAUGCAUUAGAAAGACAGAAACGUACAUUGCAAUAGCAGAAACCGGAUCGUAGAGGCUGCAUAUAAACUAAGCACGAUCGAAAAAUGGUGCAUUUAAAGGCGUAUCCCGCACCGCACAUCCUUCCCUUACUUUCGGAAUAGUUGAAGUGAAGAGCAGAAACACAUAAAGUACAUAUGGUUGUGUCAAAAACAUGAAACUACUCACAAAAAGGAUGAAACGCGAAAAACCGCUACAGCCGUGUAUGUGUGGUAGCUGCACGUAUUAUCGUAACAUCGAAAGAUCACUUUCAUCCUAUAAUCAAACAUCAAACUGGAUUGUAGAGCAGUCCAUUUUUUCGACUGGUUUUGUAACAGCUGCAUAACUAAACGAUACUGAUUUCAUGUGGCAUUAAAAAGAACAGGAGCAGUCAUAUCAGUUUGAGUGUAUGCAAAAUGAAAAAACGAAUAAUUAGUUUAAUGAGUGCGUUAUCUUUCAACGCUGUUGUUUACCAAGGCCAAGAUUUGAAAGAGAUUUGGUUUAAUCCGGGAAAACAUCACACACACACACAGGCAUGUUUAUUGUAUUGUGUUGGAUUAAUUUAGAUCCUUCGUUUCGUGUUUUCCAUAGCAAAGCAUUACCAUUCACUGCGCCACUAAAGCAAUACCUUGAAAACUACAUCCAAUGUGCUGUUUUACAUCCAUAUUUAUAUAUAUACACAAGAAAAUACAUUAAGAAGAUCAAGCCUUCCAUACCUGUUGGCCAUGUAGCAAAAGAAAAGUCGAACGAAUAAAAAAAUGCGAGAAGGAGAGAGAG